CACUAGCAGAGUUAGCACCCGUCCGCCUACCAUAACUGCUGGACCCGCCACUCAACGCGCCUGCACCACCCCAAGCGACCCUUGAGCGCGUCCCAAGCAUCCCAUUGUCUCGCCCAAGGGACCCAGCGAAAGCGAGCACCGCCAACCCUUGAGUUUGAGAAAUUCACCCUCUUUAUUUCUGGAGCCGCGCUACAAAUAACAAAGGGAAUCCCGCCUCUUGCUUUUUCCUCCUUCUUCGCUCCUGCACCAUCGCUGCUUGCAUUCCGACCACGCAAAAUACCCAAUCAACCAUCUUCUUCUCCCAUCAACAACGCUCCCCCAGUUAAUCGCCGCCUGCGCCAACGCCUUCGCCAACUACACCCCACCUCGCGCCAGAGCUUCCAACUAACAAGCUCUCUCCCCCAAACACACGACCAAGUGCGCAUCCUCAACCGGCCUGCGCAUAUAUAUUCACUGCUGCCUCGUCGCGUUUUUCCCUCUAGCAAGACUUCACAAACACCACCUUAUCCAUCAUGUCUGUGGUUUCUCUUCUCGGCGUCAAGGUUGUGAACAACCCCGCCAUGUUCACCGACAAGUACCAGUUCGAAAUCACCUUUGAGUGUCUCGAGCAGCUUGAGCACGACCUUGAAUGGAAGCUUACCUAUGUCGGCUCGGCCACUUCCGACCAGCACGAUCAGGAGCUCGACUCUCUCCUUGUCGGCCCUGUCCCCGUCGGCGUUAACAAAUUCCUUUUUGAGGCCGAUUCGCCCGACAUUUCCCGCAUUCCCGAUGCUGAUAUCCUUGGAGUUACCGUCGUCCUCUUGACCUGCUCCUACGACAACCGUGAAUUCGUUCGCGUCGGCUACUACGUUAACAAUGAAUAUGAUACCCCCGAGCUUAACGCUGAGCCCCCUGCCAAGCCUCUCGUCGAGCGCGUCCGCAGAAACGUUCUCGCCGAGAAGCCUAGAGUGACGCGCUUCGCUAUUAAGUGGGACUCUGAAGCCUCUGCCCCCGCCGAGUUCCCUCCUGAGCAGCCUGAGGCUGAUCUCGCUGCUGCUGAUGAGGAGGACUAUGGUGCUGAAGAGCGUGAGGAGGAAGAGGCUGAGGAGGCCGCUGCCGAGGGCGAAGCUGCUGGCCAGAACGGCGAGGAUGCUGAGAUGGGUGGCGUCCCUGCUGAGGCUGGUGCUGAGGGCGAGAACGGCCAGGCUGAAGACGAGAUGUCCGAGGACGGCAGCGUCGACCUCGAGGGCGAGAGCGAGGAGGAGCUUGAGGAGCUCGAGGAGGGUGAGGGUGAAGGCGAAGGCGAGGCCGUUGAGGGCGAGGAUGAAGCCAUGGAGGUUGAUGAGGCUGCUGCUGCCAAGCCCGUUGCUGUCUCCUCCUAAACGCACGAGCCUAGCAGCUCAGAGAAUGACCGAUUUCGAAACGAACAAGCCCACGCACGCGCCAUCGACGCGCCGGGCACGGCACCUUUGAGCUUUGGAUGGCGUAGACGGAAAAGAAAACGAAAUAGAGAUUACAGUCAUUUGUGAGAAAAGACGUACACGUUUGUCCUUGCGCUGAAAACGAAAAGAGCACCGGUUGUAGGGAAAAGGUGCAAGCAAUUCUUCGUGUCUUUGGCUUAUGCUAUGUUACUUGCAGCUUAAAAUGUCCCUUUUUUAUUAAUCGCCUACGAGAAUGACAAGAUAUGUUUCCACACUGCCGCUUUCAUGGUUUCAACGUGAGUCAUUUGCGUAGUAAAUAAAAAGAAAUUCAAAUGGUAUUGAUAGAUAUAAAGUAAGAACGGAGCAGAACAGAAAAGACUUGGCGGCGGCAAAAACAAAAGCCCAAAAAUUUCCAUCCUUGACAUAAUCGUACAUGUAAAAAUCCGAGAUGUAAAAAACAAGCUUCAUUUCAACACACCAAGCAAAAGCUCCAGGAUUUAGUUGAGUAACGUGCAAAGCGGCAACCACAAACAUUGUGAGAGAAUAAAACGAGAACCGAGUUGAGCCGACUGGAAAAAAAGCCAGAAUAAAAUGGCAAAUCGAUAGCAAGUCUUGCGUCAGACCCCUGCGAGGUCGAAAAUUAACAGACUAGGAAAUUAAAAACGAUCGAGGUUAGUGCAUGGUUUGCUCUCCCUUGAAGCCGCCCAGGUAGAUAUGAGUAAGGGAGAGCGGGAGGGAGAUCGACACACGGGGCCGUCCGAGAACGGGCAGACAGACAUAUAUCCAAUAUGUCUAGUGUACCGUUUCGGUGGUUGGUAAAAAAAUGAAAUGAGAUAAAAAGGAAGCGAAUUGCGAUCCGUGGCGAGGUGUUGGGCGUGAGGCUAGUGGUACAGAGGCGGGCGAGGCGAGGUAAAAAAAAAAAGUUUACCAUCCCUUCUUACGAGCGAAGCGCUUGUUAAGAAGGGCCAGCACCUUGGCGACGCUAAACUGCACGUAUUCCAGAUCCAGCUCUUCCUGGCCGUCCUUUUGCAUUUCCAGCAGAUCGUCAAGCUUGAGAUCCAGCUCCAAGAGGCCGCGGUUGCGUC